AUGGGUGAUGAAAAUGGACAUUUGAUGGGAAAAAGAAGGCAUGCGAGUUUUCGAUCAUGCAAUGCUUCUGGGUACAUGACGGAUUUGUUGGAGAUUCAAGCUGAAAAUCCUUCAUUGCAUGUCCUGUUCGUCCCUGGAAACCCAGGUGUGGUUGCAUUUUACACUGACUUUCUGGAGUCACUGUAUGAGCUUCUGGGAGGAACUGCAUCUGUAACAGCUAUUGGGCACACAGGUCACACAAAGAAGAACUGGAAGCAUGGAAGGCUGUUCUCAUUACAAGAGCAAAUUGAUCAUAAGAUGGAUUUCAUCAAACACGGACUUCAAAAUACUGAAGUCCCCAUAUUGCUGGUUGGGCACUCUAUCGGUUCUUAUAUAGCUAUUGAAUUGUUUAGAAGAUCUUUAGAUAAGGUGAUAUAUUGCAUCGUGCUGUAUCCCUUUUUGGAAGUAAACAAAGAAUCUUCAAAACAGUCUCAUAUUAGGCAGAUCACAGCGUGCCCUUUCAAAGGCUUACUUAAGAAUUCUUUGGCCCCAAAAGGAAAAUAUAGAGUUCCUUGUCAGUUAUUGAAGGGGUGUGCUUACAACCGUGUUGAGAUUUAUAAAUGUAAUCCUUGUGAUAAAAAUUGUGGUAGACUAGCACAGGGAUUCCUAUGAUGCAUGUUCCAUCAUUAUGGUUUAUAUCAAUAUGUUACAAAAUGAAUCAGCAAUGUUGAUGUUAUCUUACAUAGAAGGAUACUUAUUCUCAGUAAAAUUGAUGUGCAAUUUGUUUGUCCCCUUUUUGUGGACCAUGGCAAUCCAUCUU